UAGGGGCUGACGUGCGCGGCGGGGCGGGGCUCGGCGCGGCGCGGCGGGCGGUGAGUGUCGUGUACCGCCACCUUCCGCACACCAGCAGCGCGGGGCUCGGUGGAGGCAGCCGUGGGAGAGCCAAUGCCUGGACCGACACAAGCCCUGUCCCCAAAUGGCGAGAACAAUAACGACAUCAUUCAGGAUAACGGGACCACCAUCAUCCCCUUCAGGAAGCACACCGUGCGGGGGGAGCGCUCCUACAGUUGGGGAAUGGCGGUCAACGUGUACUCUACCUCUAUAACCCAAGAGACUAUGAGCAGACAUGACAUCAUCGCAUGGGUUAAUGAUAUAUUAGCUUUAAACUACACAAAAGUCGAGCAACUCUGUUCAGGAGCAGCUUACUGCCAGUUCAUGGACAUGUUGUUCCCAGGGUGCAUUAGUUUGAAGAAAGUAAAGUUUCAAGCAAAGCUGGAGCAUGAAUACAUUCACAACUUCAAACUUCUGCAAGCAUCGUUUAAAAGAAUGAAUGUGGAUAAGGUAAUUCCUGUGGAAAAACUGGUCAAAGGGCGUUUCCAAGACAACUUAGAUUUCAUUCAAUGGUUUAAGAAGUUCUUUGACGCUAACUAUGAUGGGAAGGAGUACGAUCCUGUGGAAGCUCGACAAGGCCAAGAUGCUCUUCCCCCACCAGAUCCCGGUGAACAGAUCUUCAACCUGCCCAAGAAGUCUCAUCAUGCAAACUCUCCAACUGCAGGUGCUGCUAAAUCCAGUCCAGCUUCUAAACCAGGAUCAACACCUUCUCGCCCGUCUUCAGCAAAAAAAGCUGCACCAAGCAGCUCAGCAUCAAAAUCAGAUAAAGAUUUGGAAACCCAAGUCAUACAGCUUAGCGAACAGGUACAUUCAUUAAAACUUGCACUUGAAGGCGUGGAGAAGGAAAGGGAUUUCUACUUUGGCAAAUUAAGGGAGAUUGAACUUCUCUGCCAAGAGCACGGGGGAGAGAAUAAUGACCUUGUGAAUCGGCUAAUGGAAGUCCUUUAUGCUUCAGAAGAACAUGAGAGCCACACAGAAGAGCAUGAAGGUGAAGAGCAAGUCCAUGAACAGCCCCAGCAGCAGGAGGAGUACUGACUUACCCAGCGGCUCUGACAAUUUUCGUUUUGUGUGAGAACUUUCUUCUGGAGAAUGGAACAUGUGCGGCCUCAAACUUGAAAUCAGUUCACUCCCAGUCUGCCAUUAACAUUUAUGUACCAUAGUGAGUGCCAGCCAGCCACUGCAUUCUGUACCCAUACUUUGCCAAGAUGCAUUUGCAGACGUCUUCUUUCAAUGUAUCUUCCCAAGAGGUUGUAGGGCUACAUCACCUACUGUACAUUCACUGCAACUUCACCACUUGGCUGCUUGAGAUUUGUUCUGCUCUUUAAAAAAAUAUAUAUAUUUAUUUUUUUCCUUUUUUUUUUUUGUCUUAAGUAUGAUACACUUGUAACUUGUUCUAACAUAUUUAUAUUGGCAUUUUGUGUGGCAAGAAGUACCGUACCACUAGCUGUGUCUCUCACUUUGUGGUGCUUCCGCGUUUUCUAGUACGUCUGCCUUGGGGCAUAAAUUUGGUCAAACAAUUGGAAUAAAGGGAUACAGAGGAAGUCAUAAUCAAGCCAUAACAAUGAGAUGUGUUGUGGAGGAGAAUGCUCGUGUUGCUCACAUUUAUUUCUUUCCUGCCUUCACGAAAUGCAAGGCAGAGCAUCUGUUUCAUUAGCAGAGAUUUAAACCCCUGUGUUAGAAAGCUUGUUAGAAAGCUGCAUGGUAUGUUUUUUGGCUUAUUUCUGGAGGAACAGACAUCCACUUGAGGUUUUGAAAACCCUCCCAGUUUCCUGACUAGUCAAUAGACGUUUCCCAGCUUUUCUUCCUUCCUGAGGAAUCCAGUCCCAGCCUCCAGCUGCAGCUCUGCCUCUGCACAGCUCAAUGCUGACGGAGGCGAGAAAUCUCCUUGACACAAGUAUAGCUGCAGGACAUGAUCUCUGCUGUCAUACUUGGCUUCCCACCCCUCGGAAGAGGACAAAGUAGGCCAGCCAUUUCUUCUUGCUGUCCUUCCCGCUCUGCUGCCCCAGCCAUAUGACUUGGAAGACAGAAAUUUCCUCGCUGGUGUAAAGCAUGGGGAAAGAUCAGCAACAGCACUAGCCCUGAGCCCCCUGAACUCUCUGUGAGUGAGUAGUGAACACUUCAUGGGUGUUGAGGCUGCUUAAGCGCAGAGGGGCAGUAGAGGGGUCCUACUGGAGACAGAGCAUACAUCAGUGGGGGCCCAGCUCACCAAGGGGCACAGAGUCAGUUCUUUGCUUGGCUAACCUUCCUCCAGUGAGGCCUGUGCAGUGCAGAGCCAUGUCUGCCAUGGAGAUGUCUGCAGUCAGAGUGUUCCCUUCCAGUGCUGUCCCAUUGCCCUGUUCUAAAUGAUGGUAUUUUAUAAACAGAGGUAUCUUGAAGUAUGAAAAGCAUUCCGUAUUUUUCUUGUAAAACUGUGCAUUGUAGUCUCUCUGAGUAUUUAAUGCUUGGUAUUCUUGGUCUUUCACUUGAUUUUCCUAGUUCUGGAUUGUUACACUGAGUUAGCAGGCACAUGGAAGUCUCAUCCCAGUCAACAGUCACUGGAAAACUCCAAAGCGUAAUGAACAGCUAAAUCAUGUUAGACCUUCAUAGGCUCCUAAUGCAUAAGUUUCCAGCUUUAUGCUUCCAUGGAGAGGUUUUCAAUUAAUCAACCCCCUGGUGCACACAGACACAUGCUCAUGCAGUUUUCUGUUCCUAAUCGAUCUUCUGCAGCUAAGUGGCUCUUGGCUAAAUCUGAGAACCCUGCUGUUGUGUGUCACACCACAGACAACGUAUAAAAUACUGCUAAGCACUAGAACAGGUAUUUCCAGAUCCUUGAUCCUCCCCCUGCUCAGCAGAAGAGUUUCUGGACCCUGCAGGCUGAAGGUUUCCCAGCCCUGUCUCCAGCACUGGCCUCAGGGUCUACCCAGUGAUGAAGUGGAAGUACUGCAACCUGCUGGCCAGCGCUUUCCUUUCCUUUCCUUUCUUGAUUGGUUACAAACAAGGUCUGGUUUCUAAAAAAAUGUGUAUAUUCCAAAAUAAGUAUUUCCAAGAAUCACCACAAAUGGGGGAAUUGUCAUUUUUGUUGUAUUUGUGUUUAUUAGAACAUAUGUACUUAUUACAAUUGUCAUUGUAAUAAACGGUAGUUCUUCAUAA